AUCUUCCCCUUGUUCAAAAAAACCGUUAAAACGCAACAAAAAACAACAACAAACAUUAAAAAUAAAUAAAUUCUCCUGUAAUUAAGUGUUUAUAGUAAACGAAAAUAUGCCUCGAAGACGUAAGGUAACCGUGGAUGAGCAGGAAAAUAAGGAACCGGAAGUUAAAGCACCAAGUAAGUCGAAAAAGACAAAAGAACCACUACCUCCAGCAAAAAAAUUAAAGUUACAGCCAGAAUGGCUUAUUGGCGAUGGUUUGAAUAUCGCUAAAAUUAUUUUGUCUGUCCAAAAGACUGACUGUAACAGCAAUAAGUGCCUCACAGAACUUCAGAAAUUAUACAAAAAGAUGCAGCAUUCAUCCUUUAUGAAGUCAUUUCUGAUGACUCUUCGUUCAUUUUUGACUCAAGAAGAUGGAAAUGAGUAUUCAUUGAGAGUUCUGAAGUUUAUUGGCGUCUUUAUUGCUUCUUAUGGUGAGGAAGUGACUGAUUCUGGUGCAUCACAUCCAGUUGUCGAGAGUUCCUUCAAUGAGCUGUUAGGUAUCACAAGCAGUCAGGUACAUAUUCGUGCUAGGAUAUGUAAUUUGGUCACUAGCAUCAUGACAUCAUUCUCACAAAAGGCUGAACUGGAUGAGACAAUUAUUGAGAAGAUUACUGAACGUAUGCUUUACUUUAUGCGUGAUACAUCCCCAAUUGUACGUGCUCAAGCUAUUGUAGCUUUACAGCGUCUACAAGAUCCAGAAAAUGUCAAUGAAGAUCCAGUAACUAAGGCUUAUGUCCAUCAUAUGGAAUCAGAUCCAGCCGUUAAGGUUCGUCAAUCCGUUAUUACGGCAAUCGCCAAAAAGAAUUAUAACAUUCCGCUUAUUUUGGAACGACUUCAUGAUGUUGACGAGAAAGUUCGUCGUCAUACAUACUUACAAAUGUCUUCAUAUUCAGUCAGAAGCUAUAAAAUCGUUGAUCGUAUUGCCAUUUUAAAUGCUGGUCUUAAUGAUCGAUCAGAUUUGGUCCGUAAAGCAGUUACUAAUGUUUUAUUGUCUAACUGGAUUGGCGUUUAUGAAUUUGAUUAUGCCGAAUUUAUUCGUGCCAUUAAGCUUGACUCGACCGAGAAAGAUUUGACAAAGUUCAGGACUUUGGCUGAAAUGGCACUUAGUGAAAUCUUCAAGAAGCGUAAGAUCAGCGAUAUUGUCUCGUAUCUUGAUUUUCCUGAAAAUAAUGAGUAUAAGAAUUGCAUAAAUGUUGAAAAAACAAAUUUGGAACAGCUUAUUGUCUGGAAAAUGGCGAUAAAAAGCUAUCAGGAUUAUAUUGACGGCAAAAGAUCUGAAAAUAUUGGAGCUCCAAAUGACGUAGCUGACGAAGAUGAUGAAGAGGAGGAAGUUGUCAAUAAGACAGUGUCAAAUAUAGACAUAAUUCCAGAAUUGUCAGUUUUCUGUGACUAUGUGGAUAGAUUUAUAAAUGACUAUAAAUUUGGAACUGACAAUGAAGUUAAAUUACAGCGCAUGUACUUUAAUCAAUGCAUUGUGACUCUUCUUGAAAUUGUUCAGCUUUAUGAUUUAGGCGAUGAAGUUGGAAAGAAUAGCUUGCUGGAAUUAUUGAAGUCACUAAUGUCCAAUUUUGAUCUGUCUGAAUUUUCUGUCCAAGAAAUUGCUAAAUUAGCUGAAAAGAUCAUUCCGUCAGUUGAGCAGCGCUUGACAUAUUUUAAUAAAAUUAUUUUCGAAAUGGUUAAGCCUGGAUCACCAUCAGAAUACAGUCGACAAACCAUAAUUGACGAAUUAAUCAAUAAAUCAGAUAUUGACAGAAAAGUUAAGGCAAACGACAUAAAAUUGAAAAUGAUGGAUCUUAAGGAACAAGAAUCUAUGCUUGUACAGAGAAAGCAAUAUGCUGAAUGUCAGAGAGUCUCAGAACAAUAUCAUAAAUUAAAUGAAGAAUUAAUUGAUCUUUUACGUCCUAUAGCUGAACAGCAUUCAGUAGAAUCAACACAAUCGUUACUUGAGAAUCUUACAGUACAUGCCAAUAUUAAAAAAAUUACACCUCAAGAAAUAAUUAAGAAUUUAAAGAUCUGUUACUACUCAAUUACGUCUAAAGGAGUUAAAAGCAUGAAUCAUGAUGUCCUACAAAUUUACAAUGAAUUCGUCCGUUAUUAUCUCGAGUCGACUGACUUGUCUACAAGAAUUUGGGCAUUAAAAACAGCUACAGCUUAUAGCUUACUUUAUGAAUCAAUUGCUAAAGAAAUUUACAUCAUCCUUAAAUCUCAAGUCUUUAAGAGUGUCCAUGUUUUGCUUUGGGAAUGCUCAAUUGAGUGCAUUUUUGAUCUGUUGCUGAGAUAUUCAGUCGAGAAAAUGGAUGGAUUUGACAAUAAUGAUGCAUCCUUAUCAAUGACACAAAAUCGAAGUAAAAAAGGUGGACGUACUCUAUACACAGACAUCGAUCCAGAUGAUGAGGAUGCUGUAGAUGAAAUGUACAUUAUAAAGACACUUGACAUUAUGCAGAUGCUUACACAUCUUAUGGAACAAAGUGUUGAUAAGAAGAUCCUUAAAAUUACAAUUCAUGGAAUGUGCAAGAUGAUUCUUCAUGGCAUUUACAGCACACGAGAAUUGCUUUCAAAAUUCUUAUUAAUGUAUUUUAAUCCAGCUACAGAUUCAGAGAUUAGUCAAUUGUUGGGAAUAUUUUUAGAAAAUUUAAUUAAACGUAAAAAGCAAGAAUUGCUGCAUGAUGCCUUAGUUCCAACAAUUUUGACAUUAUUUGAAGCUCCUUAUGACUCACCAUUAAGAGAAGUGAAGCUUGAGACUGUCCUUAAAUACAUUGUUGGAGCUACAAGACCAAUUUUCUGUAGUAAUGGACUUAAUCUACACAAUACGUUGAGCAUGAAGUUUGUGGAACUAAUGAAAGACAAUCCAGACAGUAAAGAGAUCCUCAAAGUAUUUUCUAAGGAACUAUUGGAAUUGGAAAUUGGUGAAGAUCCAUUAUUGAAAAAGGACUUGUUUAAGCAAGUUGAACAGCUACUAAAAGACUCAUCUGCUGAUGUUCGUACCAAGAAAUAUUUAUCAGACUUUUGCAAGAUCCUUAACGGGACUUAUCGACCGCCAUUAAAAUUCUCAAGCACAGCUAGGACACAAAUUGACGAUGAAGAAGAUGAAAAUCCUGUUGACGAGGAAGAAACAGUGCCAAAUGAGGAAGAAGAAGCUCAAUCGACAGUGCCAACAAUUCAAGAAUUGCCUGAAGAGGAAAUAAAUGACAUUAGUGGACAGGAUGUAUCGAUGUCUGAUGUAAAACUUAAAGAAUUUGAUGUUAAUGUCACAAAACUCGACGUUAAUUUUGAAAUGAAUGAUUUAGUUCCAACAACAAGCACAACAUCGACAAAUAAUGAUGCCAGCACAUCCAGAUUGGAAGUGAAUGAGACGUUAAGUGAAAGCAUUGAAAUACCCGCGACACAAGAACAUGCUGAAGUAAAUGAGACAAAUGUUGAACAUGAAGAUAUUCCAGCUACACAAGCUGUAGACUUGACAGAAAUUCCAACGACUGAAGAUGAAAGUGCUGAGGAAGUUUCAAGUGAUGAAAUUAUUCCACCGUCUCCAGCUACACCAUUAACAGUUGUUAAACGUCCAGGAAUUGGAAUUAGAGGUCGAAAAGCUAAAAAUUCUGUCGAUACAUUAAGUGAGGAAAAUGAAGAAUAUCCAGCAACUCCAAUUUCAACAAAUAAGAAGUCAGUGAUUAAUAAAAGGCAAUUGGAAAUUUCAAGAUCCACACCAAACACGCCAUCAGUUAGUUCUCCGAUGAGAAAAAAUGCUAGGAAAAUUACAGUUACGCCAAAAUCAGCUCCAAAUACACCAACAACUUCCCAAGAAUCUAAAAUUGUCUCAACUCCAAAAACACCAUCUACACCACGUCGAACUCAAAGCUUAAUGCAAACUACACCUGCUAGAUUGUCAACUUUACCACCAUCGAAAGUUUCAACACCAAAUACUGAAGGAAGGAUGACAAGAAGCUUGAGAAAAAUUGAAAAGGCACAAAAUAUUACAGUUACUCGCGCAACAGCCAAGACAUUGAAUGUAAAGCCUACGAAGCAACCUGAAAAUGAUACUGAAGCUAAAAAGAAGCCAACAACAUCCAAAUUGCCUGUUAAACGUGGAUUUCCAGUGCCUGCAAAGAUUGUUACAGCUAAGACAUCUACAAUAUCGACUAGACCUGUCCGUCAAGUUACAAAACCUGAAUCAAAAGCUGCUAAAGACACUCGACCGCGGUGGAAGUAAAUACAUAUCUUUAAUUAUGCUCAACUCAAUUAUGAAAACUCCUUAUGCUUUAUUUUUCUAUGCUAGUUGAUCGAAUUGGAAGGAACAAAUAUUUUUUUUUCUUUUUUUAUACAUUAAUUAAAGAGAUUAAUAAAAUAAUGAUUAUGCGUUUAUAACAGCC